AUGAUGUUUUUUUCCAGCAUACCUGGAGAUAUGAAUGACACCCGUGCCAAGAGCAAUAUCAGCGCUGCUGUGGAACUGUUCCAGCUUAUCAUGUACACCCCAACAUUUUCCCUGGGAUUGCUGUUCAAUGCGAUGGCCCUGUCAUUCCUGUUUUUUAAGGUUAAAAAGCUGUCAGAAUCUACAGUCUACAUGAUAGCCCUUAUUUUUCUUGACACUUUGCUGCUGUUUACCCUUCCUUUCAAAAUCAUGUCCUACCACCUUCAGGACAACUGGAACUUGGGGUCUGUGUUUUGCUCCACCUUGGAGAGCCUUUACUUUGUGAACAUGUACGGCAGCAUCCUCAUAUCCCUCUGCAUCUGUGUGGACCGGUACAUCGCUAUCCGGCACCCUUUCACGGCUCCCACCCUGCGAUCCACCAGGAAAGCUGCUAUGGUCUGUGCUGUCAUCUGCCUGGGCACCUCAGCUGGCACAGUCUUUACUUUCCAACUGCAUGAAGAGGGCCACGACAUCUUCUCCUGCUUCCAUAACUUCUCCAAGAACACAUGGGAAAACGCAGGCCUGUUCAGUGCCUUGGAGAUUACCUUCUUCGGCAGCAUGGCAGCCAUGGCCUUCUGCACUGUCCAGACCAUCAGGUGUUUGAGGAAGCACAGAAAACCAGACAACCCCCAGACACACACCAGCAGAGCGGAGAAGAUAGUGAUGACAAACUUUGUGGCAUUUUUGGUCUGUUUCACACCUUACCAUAUGGCAUAUUUUGUGUACUUUUUGGUGAAGAAUAACGUAAUCCACACCAGUUUUCAGCAACUGCUACGAGAUGGUGUUCAGGUCACACUUUGCUGGGCAAACGUGAACUGUUGUCUUGAUGGGGUGUGUUACUAUUUUGUUUUAAAGGAGUCCUUGGAAGACCCCUUACAAAACAGUGAAAAAACAGCCACGCGAAAGCCCCAUGCUGCACGUUAG